UAUGAGUCGUCUUUAUACAUUAGAAGAUGAAUAACUAGAUUAUGGUUUAGAUUAUGAAAGUGUCUUAGUAGUUAAAGAGAUUGAUUAAAGAAGACAAGAGAAAGGAAAUGACAAUGAUCUUCAAUAAGUUCUAAGUCUUUAAUUUUAUAGCAGACAUUAAUAAUAAUUAAAGACUACAGUAAAUUUAAGAAGCAUUUAAAGAUUAAUAACUGAACAAAAAGAGAAUAAUAAAAAGUCAAAAGAAAAUAAGCCCAUUAAUUACAAAAUAAAGACUCCUUCUUUAAAACCAUAUUAAGGUUCAAUUGUCACACCAAAAUGUUAAACAAAAACACCUUAACUUACAAAAUCAUUAAAAUCGACAAUAACUAUUACGCCGUUAAAUUUUAAGGAUUCUUUAUAGAAAAUUAAAUUGUUAGUUUCUAAAUAACAGUAAAAACACUAGUUAGACUUUAACAAAUUUAAAAAGUCAAUAUAUUGA